AUUUCCGGUUUGUUCAGUGGCGCCUGUAGCGAUGGCUGAGACUGUUCGACGCUUGAAAAAUAUCGGAAGCUUUUCGGUUCUGCAAGAUAAAUUAGAAAGUUGGCAUGGAGACUACUAUGUAAGUAACGUUUUCAAUGUUAUGAAACAAAUGGCUCGUCGUAUCAAAUCAAAAUUAGCGGUUUAUUUUCAAAGAAAGGCCGUUGCUAUAGAAGCAGUUAAUUCGGCAGACGAAAACGUCAGUAGAUGCUGCGAGAUAAUUGAAUUGAAUGCUAAGGUUCAAAGAGAACUUUUCCGUCUUCUAAAUGUCGUGUCUGCUCAAGCUGGAUUGUAUAGUACACCAUCUUCAAUUCGAGCAAGAUUAUUACCUUGGUUAGGUGAUGGUUUAUGGCCAACCUACGUAUCAGAUGUAGCAUGGUCGGCUCUGAGAAGUAAAGAGAGAGAGCUAGACGAUGUUACCGAUAUGUACGAAAGAGAUAUACAAUCUCUAGAAGAUGACCUGCAUUACUCUAAACUACAGGCAGAUGACUUGAAGUCUCAAUUGGAUUUAGCCAAAGAUCGGCUCGAGACAGCAAAAAUUUCUGACGGUGACGCUCGAAAUAUACGAAUAAAAUUAGUGGGCGUCCAGAGGGAGAACGCACGCUUACUAUCUCGAAUGGAUAUAGUCAAUGAUUAUGAUUCAAAAUUAAAAGAUUUGAAAAAUCAAAUUGCUGUUGAUACAUAUUUUGGUAAAAAUCCAGUAAGGAGAAUAACGUCAAACGUUUUCAGAGAGCUACCGGCAAGAAGAUCGCGAUCAAGAUCACCUUCUCCUAGGCGAUACAUUCCUUUAUCGAGACCCACUUCACCUUUUGCUCCGGAUGACGUUACCCAAAGAGUCCGACAAUCGGGACUGAUAACUCGUUUUAAUGACAUGUUCUCGCAAGAUCGACUAGACGCCAUGGAUAUUUUACGGGCUUAUAGCUCGGAUCAUGAGAAUAAUCAGCGUAUUAUUUUCGUGGCAAUUCAGGAAGCUUUUUCUGCAACUAAAUUGGCAUUUGCUGAAUACAAGCUAAAAAUAAGAUCAAACCUUGUAACAACUCAUUUCGGACCAGAAACUUUGGAAGAAGCAGUCCAAGAUUACAUAAAUCGAAACUAUGAUUUAUUUGAUGUAGGUUGCUUGGUCCAGGAAGUAAUCCGUUCAUUGUCAAGAAAUCCUAAGAUUUAUCUACCCCCGGACGCUUCAUUUUCAAUAAUUACGUCUUUCAUUCGAGAGGCAUGUAAAUUGGCCUGGAACAUGAGCUGCUUAGCCCAACCGUUGGACAUUUGCAUCGCCAACGAUGCGGAGCUGUUUGAUGAACACAAGUACCGACGCACAUAUGAUUCUGAAUACACUGCACCCUUGGUAAGCCAUCACGUUUGGCCAUGCCUUAUGCAAGGCACUAAAGUGAUUAUGAAGGGAGAGGCUUGCACAAAACGCGGGGCAUCUCUGGGGACUCCUAGACGAGGACGAUCACCCGUUCGUAAUUCGACUCUGCCGCGAUCUAGAUCAAUCUCUCCUAUUCGUAUGCGCUCUAGAUCGGCGUCACCAGUAAGGUCAAAGUCACCACUUCGAAACGGAACAACUGGUAGCCUUACCUCUGUUCCUGAUGAUAUUCUACGUUAUACAAGAACAUUAGAGGAACUAUUGUUAGAUGCUAAUCAAAUACAGGAAUUACCAAGGGGUCUCUUCCGAUUGGUACAACUUCGAAAGUUAGGGUUAAGCGACAAUGAAAUUCAAAGAAUCCCACCAGAUAUAGCAAACUUUAUUCAUUUGGUUGAACUAGAUCUUAAUAGAAACGAAUUUUCUGAACUGCCAGAGACUAUUAAGAACUGUAAAAACUUGCAAGUGUUGGAUAUAAGCACCAAUCCACUGCAGAAACUUCCAGCAGGAUUGUGUCAAUUACGCAAUUUAACAACUUUAGGACUAAACGACCUAUCAUUAUCUGCUCUUCCAUUAGACAUAGGAAACCUAGUAAAUCUUGCAUCCCUUGACGUUCGAGAAAACCUUUUGAAAACUUUACCAGAGUCUUUGUCUCAAUUAGCAAAAUUAAAAACUUUGGAUUUGGGAAAUAAUGGCUUGGAUAUGCUGCCGCGAAAUAUUGGGCUACUCGCAAAUUUGGAAGAGCUGUGGUUGGAUUGUAAUGAGUUAACUGAUUUGCCAGAGGAAAUCGGGAAGUUAAAAAAUUUAACUCAAAUUGACUUGUCCGAAAAUCGUAUUGAUUGUUUACCUGAUGAGAUAGGAGAUCUUGACAACUUAACAGAUUUGCAGCUCUCACAAAAUCAGAUUACAGAGUUACCACAGACCAUUGGAAAGCUAAAAUGGAUGACGAUACUGAAAGUUGAUCAAAAUCGAUUGGAAGAGCUUACACCAGAAAUCGGCAAAUGCGAAUCUCUGCAGGAGCUAAUUUUGACCGAAAAUUUACUAUCCGAACUGCCAAACACCAUAUCUUGCUUAGCCAAUUUGUGCAACUUUAAUGUUGAUAGAAAUAGACUAGGAGAAAUUCCAAAAGAGAUUGGAAAAUGCAGCAAGCUGAGUGUUCUUUCAGUCCGGGAUAAUCGCAUUUUGUACCUACCUCAGGAAAUUGGUAACCUUUCGCAACUACACGUUCUCGAUGUCGCUGGGAAUAGGUUGCAAUAUCUGCCAAUGUCCAUAACUCAAUGUGGUCAUUUGAAGGCAUUAUGGUUGUCUGAGAAUCAAGCGCAACCUAUGCUGAAACUGCAGAAAGAUGUUGACGAUGACACAGGUCAAAGAGUAUUGACCUGCUUUUUACUCCCGCAACAAGCUUACCACGAGAGUAUGGAAAAUUUCUUAAAGGGAAGUAUUCUAACUGAAAACGAUAGUCGCUUGAGUUUGACGGAGCCCAACAAAUCAGCUGUAAAGUUUCAAGGAGAUAACGAAGAGGACGUUAAGGAACAAAUCGAUCCCGGCUCAAGUGGAGACGAAGGGUCAAGUUUUGUGAGAACCAAUACCCCCCAUCCUAAGGAACUAAAGGCUCGUCAUGCAAAAUUGUUCAAAAAAGAUGUUGAUGGAACUAUUAUACCAAGUAGUUCGGACAAAAAGACACACGACGGCGUUACAUUUGUGCCAUCUAGGGACCAUACAAUGAGUGGUGAUGUUGAUGUUUCAACUUCAAACGCCGGCAACUCUAAGCCUGCGGUUAUCUUAACGAACUCCGUGAGUAUCAUUCAAGAAACACAAGAUGGUGAUGAUCAGGACGGUUAUAUGGAAAAGCAUGUUGGCUUUAGUGGUGAGGUCUCUAGUUCAGAGGGUGAAGAAGAAGAAGAAGAAGAAGCCGAAAGCCACGAGGGCUCAAAAUUGAGGCGACGAGACACACCGCAUCAUCUAAAGAAUAAGAGAAUUAAUAUAAAUGUAAAAUCGGAAGAUGCCGAUGAAAAAUUACGACAGAUACUCGCUAAAACAAAAAAUAAAUUACCGUCCCCAACAACCCUUGCCCCUGAAGAACAAAACUUGACACAUGAAAUGUCACCUCACUCUCCACCUCAAAGCCUUCCUUCGGAAGAACCCGCAGAUACUAGUAUGACAGCCAGUGAAUUGAACUCAUCUCAAGUGACAAGCACCGCUAUCAAACAAGAAAAUAGUCAAGAUUCCAGCCCUUCUCCAAAUUCAACAUCAAUUAACACAGUACUUGAGGCUUCAAAAACUACAGAAUACGAAAGCAGCAAAACAUCACCGGGAAGGAAAACUCCGUCUCCUAUUCCCACGGUUUCACCACCAGACUCGGCCCCAAAUAAACGAUUUAGUGGAACAUCCCAAACUGGUCAAGACCUUGUAAAAAGUUCCUCAAUGGAAAUUCAGAAUGACGAACUCUUGAUUAAGAUAGUUCGUGGACCUGGCAUGGGAUUGGGAAUAAGUAUAGCAGGUGGUGUAGGUUCGACACCUUAUAAAGGAAAUGAUGAGAGUAUCUUUAUAUCUCGCGUUGGUGAAGAUGGACCUGCUGGAAAAGCUGGAUUGAAGGUUGGAGACAAACUUCUCUCUGUUAAUCAACACAGUCUAACAAACGGAGACCACAUGAAAGCAGUUAAUGUUCUUCGUGAAGCAGGAAAUAUAGUAACAAUGGUUGUGUCUCGAGAGUGUUUGGUACCUUCAUGCCAGGCUGCAGAAAAAAGAAAAGCUUUGAAUGAAAACGCGAAUUCAGAGGGGGCUGAGCCAGAAAUGGAGGUUCAAUCAGAAACAAUAGCAACAACUUUGAUUAGACGAGAAGGCGGUGGAUUAGGUUUCAGCAUUGCUGGUGGAUUAGGUAGCACGCCAUUCAAAGAUAAUGAUAAAUCAAUAUACAUAUCACGAAUAACGGAAGGGGGAGCAGCUGAUAGGCAUGGUGGCCUCCAAGUUGGAGAUAGGAUUAUAUCGAUAAAUGGAACAAGCGUUACAGGAGCGAGGCAUGAAGAAGCUGUAGCUCUAUUGACAGCACAUAAAGAUGCUCCUGUUACUCUUGUCGUGUAUCGUGAAAAUCUUAUUAGAAAAACACCGAAACCAUCUCCAGCGAAACCGAAUGAAAACCAUCCGAAACCUGUUGUUGCUCCUAGAGCGCCGAGGGAGCGAAUUUCGAUCGUUAAAGCUGGUGGUCCACUAGGACUAAGUAUUGUUAGAGGACAAGACUAUAAAAAGCCGGUGUUUGGCGAGGGAAAGCCUGGUAUCUAUAUUUCAAAAAUUUUACCUUGUGGUCCUGCAGCCAAAACAAAUCUUAGAGUCGGCGAUAGAAUAAUUUCUGUAAACGAUAAAAACAUUGAACACUCAAAUCAUGAUCAAGCUGUUCAAGCCUUAACCGUCUCAACUUAUGAAAUACGACUGGAGGUGAGCCAUGAUCCGCAACCUCCUGGUCUUAUGGAGGUGAAAAUACCUAAAGCCCCAAAUGAUAAACUAGGAAUAUCUAUAAAGGGGGGAUCUGGCAGUCCCUCAGGUCAUCCAAAUGAUCAAACGGAUGAUGGUAUUUUUAUUUCGAAGAUUAUUCCUAGUGGAUUAGUUGCAAAGGAUGGACGUCUUAAGAUUGGUCAACGAAUAUUAGAAGUAAACGAUAUAGGACUACUAGGGGCAACUCAUCAGGAUGCAGUAAAAGCCAUAAGAAGUUGCACAACUCAACUAUCACUUGUUGUUUGCGAUGGCUAUGAACCAACAGAAGCUCCUUUGACUCCAAGAACGCCUUCGGGAUUUCGUUCUUUUUCUCAUAGAGUGGAGUCAAUAUCCAGUUUGGAUAGAGAAUUAGAUGAUUGGCGGAACUCGAAUGUGAACUUAAGAGCUCCUGUUUCUCCAACUGGAACAUUAGAUAGAAACAGCCGAAACAAUUUAAAUCGACCGCAAUUCAACUCUCAAACCGUGCAGCCCACCUCUCCGCACAACUUAAGAAAUAAACAGACUUACACGAUUCCCGGUAUGCAAAUGGUUGCUGUUUCUAGUCCCUACGAUGGACAAAAUUCAUCUGUAGUUACUGGCGGCUAUCAGUCUCAGGUAUUUUGUUGUGAAACUACAGUAGUCUUGAAGUCAUUUUUUAUAGCUAAAAUUAUUAUACUGUGA